AUGCAGCUUGGUUUUUCGUUUGAAGAAGUCAAACAGAUAGCUGAUCUAUUCGACCAAUACAAAGAAAUCAUCAGGCCUCAUAACCCAAGUCUCACUCUCAAUCAAGUAACUAUAAAUAGCGUCACUUGCUGUCCGAAAACCUUAGUUCGUGGCUUUACGUUACAGGCUCUAACUCAGUUUGCCAAUCUCAUUUCAUUAUCAGUACCUGAGAACUUGAAAUUGAUUGCGCACACCUUCAACCUGCUGGAAAUGGGAUACACGCGACAAGAAGUAGCUCGACUUCUGGCCAAAGAGCGACGAAGAGUGCAGCUAGAUGCCACUGAGAUGGACGUUAAACUAAAAAGAUCACGAACAGCGUCACCGCUGGAGUCUAAUGGAGAAAAUUUUCUUGCGCAGGAAAGCAAUGGCAACCAAUCGGACGAUGAGGUGUAA